GUCAGAAAUUGCAAACCAAACAAAAACAGCUGUACACACAGCUGGUCAAAGAAAAUUGCGUACAAAGAGGAAUAAAAACAACAAUUUACACAAACAAAUCGUGGCAGUUCAUUAGAAAAAAUUUUCAUUUUUAAAUUUGGAGUUUUUAAUUAAAAAAUAAGUGAAGUAGUUCAGCAUAAUUUCUUUUAAAUAUAAUUUAGUGUCUAUUAAAACAUAAAUAUUGUGGAAUUUUUAGUAUUUUGAUAACUUGUGUGUCGUUAAAACUAAAUUCUAAUGCAGGAGUUUCUCAGAAUAUAAAGAUGUUCAAUUCAUUAAGCUGACGACGUGUCUCCGAGAGUAUCUGUUUUUAAAAAAUUAGGAUUCCAGUUAGCGUAAUCUUUUAAAGAACGACUGCAACACUUCACUAUCACAAACAUAAAUAUGAGUAUGGAUGAAAAAUUAAAGUAUUCUUUGUUAAGAAAUGAAUUAGUCGAUAAUCAAUCUGUAUGGAGCCGGCACGAAAAGAGAGUAUGGUUUAUUACAUUAAUCACCGGUACUUGCAUGUUGUAUUCAACACGCACAACGAUGCCUUUAUUGGUGCCAGCGGUGGCUGCCGAAAUGAAAUGGAGUAAAACAGACUCCGGUACAGUGUUGAGCUCAUUUUUCUGGGGCUAUACAUUAACGCAAGUUGUUGGUGGUUAUUUUAGUGAUCGCUUUGGUGGCCAAAGAGUUAUAUUAUUUGCAGCGAUUGGCUGGUCGAUCAUAACAUUCCUGAUGCCAAAUAUUAUUUGGUGGGCACCAAAUGUAAAAAAUUAUGCCAUUCCAUUUAUUGUUACCAUAAGAAUAAUUAAUGGAGCCUUUCAAGGAGUUCACUUUCCUAGUAUGAUUAGUUUAACAAGUCAAAAUCUCUGCUCAAAUGAACGCACAAGUUUCUUUGGUCUUUUAACUUCGGGUUCGGCCAUGGGUACUCUAUUGACUGGCAUCUUGGGCUCAUUUGUGCUGGACUAUUUUGGUUGGUCGUAUGUUUUUCGUGUCAUUGGUUUUAUGGGCAUCGCCUGGGCAUUGAUAUUACGCUAUUAUGCCAUGUCCGGGGAACGUAAUCGUAUUAUAAAUGUGUCUUUGCCUUCGCGUUUGUGUGUGAAUAAAUCGAGUGUUGACACAGUGCCGUGGUUAAAAUAUUUUAGUAAAUUAUCCUUUUGGGCUUGUGUUCUAACACAUGCUUGUGAAAUGAAUUGUUUUUUUGUAUUGUUGUCUUGGUUGCCCACCUAUUUUCAUGAUGGUUUUCCACACGCCAAAGGCUGGGUGGUAAAUAUGAUACCUUGGUUGGCACUACCGCCCAGUACAUUCUUUGCCAAAUAUCUAACUGGUAGAUUGUUGGCCAGAGAAUGGUCUACGUCGUCUGUGCGCAAGGUUAUACAAAGUUGCUGCUUUUUAGCACAAAAUUUAGCCUUAUUCAUAAUGAGCCGAACCAAUGAUUUUCAUACAGCUCUUAUAUGUAUGACUAUAAUUAUAGGUGGCACUGGUUUUCAUAAUAAUGCCGUGACAGUUAACCCUCAGGAUUUGGCACCUUCGCAUUCUGGCAGUGUUUUCGGUUUAAUGAAUACCGUGGGCGCCAUACCAGGAUUUUUAGGAGUUUACUUGGCUGGCCAUAUAUUGGAAGUAACCCAAAGUUGGCCUAUGGUAUUUAGCGCUGCGGCCGGUAUUAAUCUCGUAGGCUGGAUUAUAUUUGUGGUCUUUGGUUCAGCAGAGGCUAUAGUGUGAUGAUUUUAUUUUAGUCUGAACUUUUGUUUGUAAUACAGCACAAUAUGUGUAUAAUAUUUAUAAUAUUAUUAGGUUUGUCAUUUUAACUAAGUGUUCUCUAUAUGAAUUCUUCUACUGCGUCUUUUUUCCUUUAAUUUAAAGCUCUCGAUAUCAUAAUUUAUAAUAUUGUAUUAAUUUUAAUUUUACUUCAUAAGUAGUAAUUAAAAAAUGAAACGAAAAAAAGGAAAUCACCUUUUAGUUAAAAUAAUGUAAUAAAAAUAACUAUAAAUCAAUG